CUGCAUGCGUUGGCUAUGGUGGAACAUUGUCUAGCUAGCUGAGAGUCAGACCUCAGAAUCAGCCCCAGGGCGCCUUUUGAAUUUACGUGGCGCAAUCUGUAUCCUGAGUUCUCUUCCGGUUACCUUUCAACUGACCCCAGCAGGCCGGCUGUCCCCAGCUCGGCGCUUAUUGCAGCAUUGCAUUGCGCUCUGUUUGCUAGUGGACGCAGCUAAAAUCUCUGAACUAGUCAAUUUGCCCCAACAUCAUCAACAGCUUAAGGCACAGUGCCAACACAGAAUCCUUUCACAGCAAAGGUCGUUUUCAAAGAGUAAAAGGUUCGGCGGGUUUUGGUGGUCAAGCAAUCAUGGCAACCAAGCUCUCACAAUUUGAGACGCUCAUUCUGUCAAAGAAGGGUGGCGUUGCAGAAUUGCUCUUGAACCGGCCGCUGAAGAGCAACAGUAUAAAUGGGAACAUGUGGGAGGAGAUACCAAAAGCGAUGCGACUGGCUGACAAUAUGGGGGACGUUCGUGUAAUCAUUUUGAAAGGGGCCGGCCGACACUUUUGCGCCGGCAUAGACGUCAGCAGCCUGGCUCAGUUUAUGGUUGCUAACAAGGACCUUGGAGAGGGCAGAGAACAGGAGAAGCUGAGGAGAGACAUCAAGGAAAUGCAGGCGUCCUUCACAGCGUUUGAGGAGUGUAGGAAGCCAGUCAUUGCGGCUGUCCAUGGUGCGUGCAUCGGCGCUGGCGUUGACAUGAUCACAGCUUGUGACAUACGGUACUGCACAGAAGAUGCACGCUUCAGUGUAAAGGAAGUGGAUCUAGCCAUAACGGCGGACAUCGGCACCUUGCAGCGACUGCCGGGGAUCGUUGGAGAAGGGAUAGCCAGGGAACUUGCCCUGACAGCCCGAGAGUUUGAUGGACAAGAAGCGAAGGAUCUGAAACUGGAGCAUAUCAACUUUGCGCAUGCUUGA